AUGAAAGACUUUGUAGGAGAAAAGAUUGGUGUCGGUGGCCUGAGAAACACUGUGGAACAGAUAGGAGUUGAAGUGAACGAUAAAGAGUAUGUGGACCUGCUGGAAAGGCUGCCGUUCGAUGAAAAUAAUAAUGUUUUUCGGAAUAGACUCCUGUCAACUCUCAAGUCUUACAAAGGUGGAAGAGUUGAUCCCAAUAAGCUGAAGACGCUCCUCAUGAACUUGGAUCUGAAACUCAAAAACAGAGAAAUGAAGAAGGUGAUGCAGAAGCAAACUGCGGGUGGAGAAAAAGUUAAUAUCAAAGAUGUGAAAACUUUUGUGGAAGAUACUGGGAUAACAUUGACACCCAAAGAACAGGUGGAACUGAUUAAAAAUCUACCAGUUGAUGAUGAAGGAAACAUACAUGAGAGAAGAUUGAUAGAUGAGCUGAAAUCUUUCGGAGGUGGGACGGUUAAUGUCAAUAACAUGGAAAAUGUUCUCGAAAAUUUGAAGAUCAAGCUGUCAGAUGAGAAAGUAAAAGAACUGUCAGAAAACCUUCCAGCUGACUCUUCUGGGAUGACCAAUUUUCAGACAAUGCUGAAAGAAAUAAGAAAACUGACUGGAGGAAAGAUUGAUGCUAAAGUCACACAAAAAGUGCUCGGAAGCAUAGGCAUAGAGCUUACAGAUAAAGACGUCAGUGACCUGCUGAAAAGGUUGCCUGUUGCUGGGCUGGGGAAGUCUCAGUGGCAGGGCACUUGCUCAGAUAUACAAAACCUUGGGUUUAGUCCUGAGCACUACUUGAAGGAGGACGAGGAGGAAGGAAAGGAGGAGGACAAGAGGAACCUUGGAGCUUAG